AGCUGACAGGUACGCCGGUGCUUAAUGAACACGUCUCCGCUGCUCAGGAUUACCACUGGCGAGCUGAGUGUUUAUAAGGGAGGCGGCCACCUUUUCGGCCACCACAAGACGCACACGCAUCAUCGAGUAACAAUCGCCGGCACGCGCGCACGAUGUCCGCGAAUCGAUUGAACGUCCUGGUGACCCUGAUGCUCGCCGUCGCGCUUCUUGUGACGGAAUCGGGAAACGCACAGAUGAACGGCAACUCUCAAUCCAGAUCGGCGGGAUCCGCCAGAAGCCCGCCGCAGAGAUAUUGCGGCAAGAAGCUCUCCAAUGCUCUACAGUUAAUCUGUGAUGGCGUGUACAAUUCGAUGUUUAAGAAGAACGAGGAGCCCGAGAUGGAAAUGGCCGACUACCCGCUCACCUAUGAGUUCUCUCCCCCGUACACCCCAUUCUUGUCGCGAACGAUGGCACGGGCGAUAUUGGACGGGCGCCUCGGCAGCAGACGCUACCGAAGACAGUCGCGAGGUAUCCACGAGGAAUGCUGCCUCAACGCGUGCACGAUAAGCGAACUGUCCACCUACUGCGCCUCCUAAAGCGCGCGUUCGGUAACCGGUAAACCCUCCGACUUCCGCUUUACUGCUCGAUCACCAUGCAAACCGAAUAAUCCCGGACACCCGCGUAGCCCCACCCGCGUAUAUACCCAUACACGUUACAUACACAUAGAGGGACAUACAUUACACGUACCACAUUACAUACAGUACACAUUGGAAAGCUCACCGGUAAACCACAUCAUCGCUCACGCUGGAGACUGACUCGUGAUAAUUGUAUAUACAUUUACGUAUCUGCAAUGGAACUGACUUUUUAAAACAUGGUCGUACGCGCGGGAUUGUAUCCUCCUCUCCUUAACUUCUUUUGCUUUGUGGACAAGCGACCGCGGCGGUAAGGUCCAGAUCGAGAGAUUUCAUCUUGGAAGAUGACGUCAUCGGAAAUUCUGCGCCUUUUAAAUUGACGGCGUUUGCCCGACAGCGGGAUAAUUUUUGCGAUUGAGUACGCUUGCUUUACUUGUGAUAGCAGACUAUGUAGAGACAGUCGAGAAAAGCAAAUCUGUUUGAUAUAAUUGUCUCCCCAGCAAAUGCCAGAUACUUAUUCCAAAUUUAGAUGGUUCUUCGCUUGCUCUGCCUCGUCUACAGCUAUGAACUAUCCAAGACAAAAGCCUUUUCGUUGCAAAUUCUAUGUAAUUUAGUGAAGCGGAAAUGAGAUAAAUUGUACAGACAAGUUGUGUUCGAGAACGUUGAAAAAUUAUUAACGAUUCCUCCAAGACUCGAGUUAAAUACUUAUGUCGCUUAAAAUCGCAAGCGACAUUUACCACACGUUUCACGGUCGAAAGAAGCAGCAUCAGUGUGUUCACGUUUGCGGAUUAGCCUGCGAAAGUUAAAAUCGCGGGAAACAGGGUCGAUAUUGAAAGAAAGGAUGAAACCAACCGCGAUCUGUCUAAUCUGACAUACGAUCACGCGUAAUUACGGCGGCGAUUGUCGUGUGACACACGUGAAAAAUGGAGAACGCGCGUGCUGAGCGACGUGUCACGCGACUUCGAGCUUGCCUCGUCCAGCGAAAUCGAUCUUGGAUUUCAAUACUAAACUGUCUUUCUUUUUUUUUCGCUCGCUAAUCAGGCAGCAUCAGACGCGACAUCCCUCGUCGCGUGUAACUCGAUUUUUCGAUCCACAUAAACGUAUUCGCGCUUUCGACCUCUUCGACCUGCGAGAGCUUCGCCCACUUUCGACCCUGCGCACACCAUUAAGCGAAUGUCUCGCCCGCGAUUUAGAAACAAGUCGAGAAAUCUCUUCGCAAUUAUCGAGGGGAUACAGUCUCACUCGCAUGGUGAUUUUUGGCGACGAAGCACAGAAGGAACAGCUCGAUAGUUUAGUUUCUUUUGUAACUGUAACUUUCUUGUUUUUUUUAAUGCUAAAUUCGAGAUGCGUUCAACGACCGGGCAAGUUCGAUGCUCGGUGACGCGAAGCUGCGACGUCGUCGUUGAACGAAUGUCGAACUUAAUAGGACACUACUGUAGAGAGAGAGCUUGCGUUAUUUUUAAUCUGCCAGAGGCUGUGACGAUUUCAAGGGGCAUCUACGACUGUACUGCAUAUGGUGAUAUUAUUCUUAUUCGUAGAACCUGUAUUCCCAAUGAUUAUCCCUUCGAGGAAAGGAUCGGGAUAGCGCGCAAGACGAUCGGGAAGUUCACGUUCACGGUGCGUCGCUCGUGUCGGGAUGCACGGACAAGAUCGGUCCAACUUUACGUUACAGGUCGAAUUUAUGCAGAGAAAUUCAACUACUCUUAGAUCUCAGUGCAAGAAUGAAACGAGUCCAAAAUUUGUAAUAUUUAUUUUGAGCAUUUAGGGAAAUGUAUCUGUGAAAAGAAUCAAUCGCGAGUAGAUUUGUUUUAUUGUUACAUUGAAUUCUUUUAUCAAGUUCGAUUUGCCAGACGGCGAACUGGAGAAUUAUUGCAUCCGCAUACGGCGAUGUACGACAAAGGUGAGUCACUUAGAAGCAUAAAGCGUGAUUCUAAGAAGACUCGUCUUUUCGCGUGACGAUCGUGCAAGUGAAACUUCGUAACCCAGUGAGCAAUAUUGAGAGGAAGAGCUCUUUAAGAAGGCUUUUUAUUAAAAUCUCUUUAAAAUGACAUCGAUAAGUUAUUUUUUUAUAAGGUGUCUUUCAAAAAAGCCCUUUAUGAUAUCCUAUUUUGAUGCCUAUUUAAUGUUAACAUGGAAAAGUCACCUAACAAAGUUCCCGCCGGGGAAUGCGGCAUAGCACUUUCUCGCAAGAAGAAAACUGCACGCCGUAUUAUAGAUAUAUCCGCAUGAAAUUCUUUAUCUUUUCUCUGAGCUUUAUACUUUUCAUACGAAGCUUGCACACAGAAAUAGUGCCAUAAAUAACAAUUCUUAAUGUUAACAUUAUGACAUUUGUAAGGAGUCAGAUUCUACACGGAGAGAAUUUGCUUUUAAAAUUUAUCCGGAAAAUAUUGUAAUCGUGGGACAACA